AUGCCCACGGCCGCAGCCGCCAGGGCUGUUAUGAACCCUCAUGGAGUCAGUCGAGCUAUUCACCACAUUACAUUUCCGGACUGCCAAAACGGAUUAGGCAUUGAAAUUAUUGGUGGCUGUCAAGAGCAACCUGAAGAAGACUAUGGGAUUUUCAUAAAGAAUAUAUUACCCGGUGGGAUGGCUGCAAUAGAUAGUCGGCUGCUUAUUGGAGACUUGAUUUUAGAGGUCAACGGAGAAAAUUUAGUUGGUGUAACUAAUGAAAGAGCUCUUGAGAUCUUGCAGAUGGCAUCAGCAACUGGUCAUGUGUCUUUGCUCAUUGCCAGAGACAAAGAAGCAAAGAAAGAAUUUCUAGAUCUAAUGGAGAAGUAUGGCUCACACAGUAACACAGGCUCUGCAAGGAAUUCCCCAACCGAGCUGUUAGCUGGUCAAUGUUCUGGUGCUCUCUCUUCUGGAUCAUCUUCAGGGUCAUCAAGUCCUCGGCUGUUCCAUCGUAAAGGCAUUAUCACAAACCACCAUGGAAAGCCUUCCCUGGCAGCAUCCCUUCCGGCUACCACAAAUGACAGCAUGUUUCAGAUUAUCACCGUUUCCAAGGGAACAGGCCUCGGCUUGAACAUUGUAGGAGGCAUUAACAGAAAUGAAGGACCCUUGGUGUAUGUUCUGGAAGUUACUCCUGGAGGUGAUUGCCAUAAGGAUGGUCGACUGAGACCUGGAGACCAGCUUGUAUCCAUAAAUAAGGAGUCAUUGAUUGGAGUCACCUAUGAAGAAGCAAGAAAUAUACUCCAGAAAUCAAAGAUGAGAUCAGACUCUUCGUGGGAGAUAGCUUUCGUUCAACAGGAGGCUGUUCACAAUCAUAUGGAUAAUACGCAGCUGGCCUCUGGUCACUUACCAUCAGGUGGCUGUAGGCAGCAGCAUACGCUACAGAUGCCGAGUCUAGCAUUGUCCCCUGAUGAGCAUAUUGCUGCCAAGAUGUCCAUUUUGAGCAUGAAAAAGGCUGGAUUCAAGGCAAGAGAUAAAUCUUCAGCAAUUUCUGCGAACAACAAUACUGGCGAUGUGACCGCUGGUGCUACUGGCCCCACCUGGAGUGAUGAUUAUGGACCGCAAAGAAGAAAGAUUUCCCUCAACCCCGCGGUUCGUCUCCAGGCAGAUAAACUAGAGAUGGCGCUGAAUUACCUUGGGAUUCAACCGACAAAAGAACAGCAAGAAGUCCUACAGCAGCAGCUACCAAAGGAUUCUAAAGGAACAGUGUCUUUUGGAGAUUUUGUUCAGGUGGCAAGAACUCUAUUCUGCUUGCAGCUGGAUGGAACAGGACCCACCUUAUUUAGCACCCGCGAAAUUGCCAGAUUAUUAGAUUCGCAGUUUGUGUCGCAUGAUCCUUUGGAAAUGGAGGAGAUAGAAGAACUCAGGAAAGAGAGAAAUGAAGCUUUAAAAGAAAUAUGUAAAUGGAAGGAAAAAUAUACUGAAUCAGAACGUGUAAGAAGACAACUAACUGAAGAGUUGCAAAUGACUAAACAAGAAGCCAAGGCCUCUGUGGAAGAGACAAGGGCCUUGCGGAGCCGAAUCCAUCUUGCUGAAGCCGCACAAACGCAAGCUCGUAGAAUGGAAAUGGACUAUGAGGAAGUAAUCUGCCUUUUAGAGGUGGAAAUCGCCGAACUGAAGGCUCAGCUUGCUGAUCAUUGUGGCCAAAAUAAAGAUAGCAUUCAAGAUCUAAGGAAGAGGAUUACCGUGCUCGACUGUCAACUGAGAAAAUCUGAAACCGCCAAGAAAACCUUCGAGGUGGCAACUGGAAAGUUACUGCAGUUUGUUGAGAUUGUACAUGAAGCGCUAUCGGAUAACUUCACUUCCCAGUCCAAUCUGAGUGACAGAAAAGCCACAUUCUCUUCUAAAAUGCUUCUUGCACGCCUCGGGAGGAACGGCCACACCAUCACAGCAUCCCUUGCUACUGAAGCCAGAGAACUUGCUAAGUCUGUCCGCGCCAUUCUGGAAGCAGACUGCCUGCCUUAUGGAUGGGAAGAGGCUUACACAGCAGAUGGAAUCAAAUACUUCAUCAACCAUGUGACACAGACAACAUCCUGGAUCCAUCCGAUCACCAGUGUCCUCGCCUUGCCAUGCUCUGAAGAGAAUGAGGAUGAUGGUUUCCAAGAGCUCCCGGAUCCCAAAAGCUGAGGAUGCCCAAAGGUGAAAAAUGA